AGAAAGAAACAGAAACUCUUCUCUCUCUGUCUCUGUAUCAAACCCUAAACAACAAACAAAAGUACUCUCUCUCGGCUCUCUCCCCCCUUCCCCUCGAUCUCUGUCCCCUUCACUUCCUCUUCAAUCAAAUUUGCGCGGGAAAUCGACUUCCCAGGAACCCAACCAAUCACCUUUCUCUCCCUUCCCCGUUAAUUCUAGAGCUCUGGAAUAGAGCCCCCCUCCCCGUAGCUAGAUUUUGAUUCCUCGAACAAGAUCCGGGCUUGUCAAAAACGUUGAUCAUGCAAAAGCAAUUCAUAGCGUGAUAAAAGAAGAUGGAACCUGACCAAACCAAAUUUGGAGGUCCUAAAGAGCUGUGUGGUGCCGUGGAUCUUCUAUCUCAAUAUAAGCUAUUGCAGCACCAUGAAUUCUUUUGCAAGAAAUCACUUACAGAGUCUCUAUCGGAUUCUCAUUAUCUUCAUAAUGUGGUUGGGGAUACAGAGAUCAGAAAGGGAGAAGGAAUGCAGUUAGAUCAGCUUGUUCAGAAUAUGUCACAGAGCCGGGAGAGUAAUAAUACUCGUAUCCAACCUUUUGGUAUGGAUGAGCUUAUGCAGGCUUUCCAACUCAGUGAUAUGACUCCUGUUGAAUUGCCUCUAGAAGAGAAGGGAGCUCCUACAAUUCCACCCAAGUCAAAAAGUGAGUCGAAAGAUAAGGAUAGGAAACAUAAAAAACACAAGGACAGGAGUAAGGACAAAGAUAGAGAGCAUAAGAAGCACAAGCACAGGCAUAGAGACAGAAGUAAAGAUAAAGACAAGGACCGAGACAGAAAAAAGGAUAAAAAUGGACACCACGAUUCGGGUGAACACUCUAAGAAACAUCAUGAUAAGAAAAGGAAACACGAUGGGGAUGAAGAUCUAAAUGACAUUCACAGGCACAAGAAAAACAAGCAUAAGAGCUCAAAGCUUGAUGAGAUGGGUGUAAUAAGGGUUGCUGGCUAAAUUGGUAGACAUUCCCAAUUUUGUAUUCUGCGAUCCAGUAGGUGUCAUGGAGGAGGUUUAGAAUCACUUUUCAACUCACUGUAGACUAUAUACUAGGUUAAAAUCUCAAAAUGGUGAAUUCAUUCCGUGAAGAAGAAGAAAAGGAAAACUUGUGAAGGAGAAGAAGCGAAAUUCAUAUCACGCAAUUGGUUUGGUGGCAGCUUUGUAGCAUUUUAGUCUUGGGGGUGUUUUCUUAUUCUAUAUCUUUGAUGUCUAUAAAAUCGAAUACACUCUUUACUCUAUUCAUGUAAAAUAAUUUGUUAUCCAAUUAAUGUUGUUGAAAAAGGAUUUGUUAGUGUUCAAAUAUAUGUGUAUGCCUAGCUUACUUGUAAAAGUUGAUCAAAAUAUCAGUGUAAGUACAUGCCUGUGAACGUUUCCAAACAUUUCAAUCAACCACAGAUUUUAACUUGAGAAUCCAUCCCAAAUAGCUCUUAUAACUCUUUUCCACUCACAACCUAUCCUAAGGCAUCCUCUGCCUUCCACUUCAUCCUUUAACAUCAGAUUCCCUUCUUCAAAUUUACUUUCAUAUUUCUCAAUUCUCAUCUGCAUGUUCUAUAUCCAUCUCAACUUCUUCCUCGUGUGUUUCCAUUGUAUUUGAGCCAAGAUCUUCUGUACUCUUCCUUGCUCUCUUAAAUGUUGACUUCUCAAAUUGCUGACUAUUGGAUUCAGUUCCUCUUUUGACAUUGUUGUUAACUUUUUGUGCUUGUUUUGAGUUCUUAGGAGCGUCGAAGGUGUUGUUUCAAGAGUAUAAUUCAAGCAUCACAGAUGAGAUUUCUGCCGAGAAAGAAGGGUAUAGCUGCUUACAAUCUUCCUUG